UUUGGGCCUUAUCGAUAGCCCCCAACUCAAGGUCUUCCGCAUAUCGGCCCGCGUCAAUCGUGAUAAAUAUGACGGCGACGCUGCCCCCAAUCCGACAGUGAUGUUCUUACAAGCCAAUUCCGCAUGAUCCUGCCCACCACAGGAUUGACCUCCUGUCGCAGGAGAGACGGCACUCCGCGCGUGAUCUAGCGUCGAUGGGCACCGUGCUGCCACCUCAAUAGAAAAUGGCUGCGAACACUAUGGGCCUGUAUCAUCUACCCAACGAAAUAUUUGUCUCUAUCCUGUCAGCAUUCGAGACACAGGAUCUUCUCCCUCUAGUCGUCGUCUCCCGCCGUUUCCAUUCCAUCAUCCUCCGCAUCUUACACUUCCGACUCCUCCUGGCCGCGGCUUUACCUGAUUACAAGCUUAUCCUCGAAGCGUAUCAUCCUAGCAAGAGAUACAGCGAUCCGUAUCUGUUCUGCACGUAUCUUGGUACGGACGGACUGAGCUCCAAACAUGAAGGCGAGGGAAGUCUGUACGAAGAUUGUAUAAGUGAGGAAGGUAGAUUCGCAAAGCUUGGUGCUCUAUACAGUCGGUUCAGGCCUGAAAGGCCGGGCGUGCAAGGCUCAAUGCCCGCGCGUCGAAUUGCCGGAGCUGUCGUCUCACAACAAGCGUCGUCCUCUACACCGACUCAGCCAAUAUAUGCUGACGGAGGUGAUGGAGGCUCUGCGAAAGUCCUUCACACUCUGAAUCUCGACCCCGACGAGCUGUUUGGACAGUUCUGUGCAUAUGCAAGUCUUGUCAGGCUUGGGCCACGCCGAGGAGUGUUUCUGAGCAACGUCCAUAUUGUGCAAUCCGGUCAGGGCGUUAUGAGGGUAUGGAAGCAAUGGCUGCAAGAUCGCGCCCAGGAACUCUGGCAACAAGAACAAGAUCCGGGCUUCGAAAUCGACCGAACCCCUACAAUGAAUCCUCCAAUGAUUGGGUUGGACAAGAACAUCUUGUGGACCGACUACAGGAAGAAUGUUGGGUUGCGUGUAUCAAUCCGGGACCGUGAAGGAAAAUGUUAUCGGAAAGACCCAAGCGAGUAUGAUGACCUGCCGAUGAGCUUUUCGAUAGAGAUUCAAGGUAUGACUGUCCAUUGGUCAAUAUUUGCACGACUGAUUGUCCUCCAGAGCUUGUGGUACGGACGACACACUUGAUGCUUGCUGUGGAGGCAUCCACACAAGAUCAAUCCAGUCGAUCAGGUAAAGCUCUUAUCUUUGGAAGUUUCGCUACUGCAGCCUCGCCUUCUGGGAUGUGAAAUAUCAUCAUUCCGCUCACAGAUAUUCACUUGAUUCGUGGAGGGAAUGGAUGGGUUUGACAUCUUCAUUGGCGUUCAGUCCGAAGACGAGGCUGACCCAGCCAUAGGACAGGCGUUUAUCUCGUGGGUACGAAGGUCAUAGAGCCAGGAGUUAGAACGACUUUCCAGGGCCAAAUACGAUCUGAGCACUGUAUAGGUAUAGGCAUACCAUGUACAAAAGGGAUGUUAGAGUGUGCAACGCAGCGUCGACUGCUGCAACACGCAUGGUCAUUCAUGCUGGCCAUAUCGGCCACUAUAUAUGUAUAACGACAUUGACGACCGAUCUGCGACCUCUGAUGA